AUGCCAGCUACCAUGGGAAUGGCUUCCAACCUCUUUGGCCGAGUCGCCCGCCACCUAUCCGCCUUCGAGAACCCCUCAUCGCAGCGCAUCCUCCCUCUCCUCCGAAACACCACCCCGUCCCAUUGCCGCGCCUACACCCAAGCACAAAGACCGCAAUGUGGACAGAGCAUGGCCGCUAGCCGAAGCAGCUUCUCGACGACUGCAUUCCGGUCACGCGCCAAGACAAUGGGCCAGCUGCGCCAGCGCAACUCGACGGGCCCAUUCUCGUGGAAGGCGGCGCUUCUGUUCGUGCUCACGGGCGCGGGCAUGAUGCUUUACUUCCGGGUGGAAAAGGCGCGUUUGGAGCGGAAGCGCAUUGCGGAGAUGAGCAAGGGUGUCGGGCGGCCUAAGGUCGGUGGGCCGUUUGUGUUGAAGGACCUGGAUGGGAAGGAGUUUACGGCGGAGGAUCUGAAGGGGAAAUACAGCUUUGUCUACUUCGGCUUCACUCAUUGCCCGGAUAUUUGCCCCGACGAGCUGGACAAGAUGGCCGCCAUCAUCGAGAAAGUCAAGGAAACCACCAAGGACGACAAAAUCUUCAUGCCAGUUUUCAUCACCUGCGAUCCCGCUCGUGAUACGCCCGCGGUGCUGCGCGCAUACCUGCAGGAAUUCCACCCGGGCAUCGUCGGCCUGACCGGCACCUAUGACCAAGUCAAAAACGUCUGCCGUCAGUACCGCGUGUACUUUAGUACGCCCCGAGAUGUGAAGCCUGGCGAAGACUAUCUGGUGGAUCACAGUAUUUACUUUUACCUGAUGGACCCCGAUAAUGACUUUGUCGAAUGCAUUGGCCGGCAAGAUACCCCCGAGUCCGCAUCCAAGGUGAUCCUGGAGCAUAUCAAUGAUUGGAAGCGGGAGGGCAAGCCGCUGAAGACGGAGUAA